GGUUGUACAUUUGAAUUUUCACUGUAUAUAUGGUUACGUUUACAUCUCAACUGUUAUUAGUGAAUCUCAACUAUUGUUACGAAAAUAGUAUAAAUCUGCUGAUCGCCAAUAACAACAGCAAUAUUUUAGUAUGUUCUAAAACUGACAGAGGGCAUAGUUCUAGCCUGUGUAAAUCCGCCCCCUCCCCUCAAAAAAAUCGGGAAUAGAGGCGUCUCUCUCCCCGAUUUUUGUCAGGGGAGGGGUAGGGUGCACACAGACUACAUAGACCAAGAUACUGUAUUAUUAUAAUUUAUGAAGUUAAUGACAUCUUAUUUUUAUGCAGUGCGUGCUUUAACUUGUGCAUUGCAUAAAAUCAGAAAUCCCCAUUAUGAGGCAACCGAUUCUACUCAGUUAUUUUUUAUCUUAAUUAAGCCACUAAAAAGCCCGAGAACAACAUCCUCUGACGAAAAACUAACAACGCCGAAACCGAUGAAUCGUAACACGACAACAGGGGAUUCAGCGGUGGUCCCUGAAACUCCAAAACUGCCACGUGGUAUACUCAAGCAAAACGAUGUCUCUCAGAAAAAGAGGAGAGUGGCCUUUGCUGGCUCAGACGAGCAACGUACAUCAUCAGAGGAGGAAGGAGACGAAAAACAGGUGUUAAACUUUAUUAUGACUCCAAAAUUUGAAAGAAAAAGAGUCAGCGAAAAGGAGAAUCAAAAGAGUACACCACGAGCGAAUGUUAGAUUUUCACCAAAGCCAUCUCCUUGGAACAAUGAGCCGCCACGUGAAGAGAAAUCCCCAUUCACGGAAGUGCAAAAAUUGAAACAAAUUCCACGAGGCAAGCCAAUGGUUCCACAGAAACAGAAGAAGCUUAAAAUCCAAAGUGAAGAAUCUGAGGAAAUAGCGAAAUUCAAGGAGUUGUUUCCCGAUAUGAAAAGUCCAGAAUCCCUCUACGAUAAAUCUCCGGGCAAAGCACGUGGACGUGGUUUACACGAGACGAUGAAACCUCCAUUCAAGAGCAAAAUUACUAAGAUCAAACCACUUUCACGAAGAAAGAAAGACAAACAAGAAAGUACUGCUUGGUUUGACUCUGAUACACUCUUUGGGUUUGGAAUGGAUGAUGAAUAAACAAAGCAUGAAGUUGGGAAUGAUUUUUUAAAAUGAUUAAGUAAUCAGUUGUCAUACUUUGUAUUAGUAAAUUACGAUAAUCGUUUGCAAUCGCCAUGACAUUUGUAAAAUUACUGAUUAGGUUCAAUUAGGUUUUUUAGCUUCAAGGACCAGAGUUGCGGUAUUUGCGACAAUUAAAAAGCAAAUAAAAGUGUUAAUGGCGUGAUAUUCAAUUAUUUGUUGCGGCAAAGCGAGAAACUAGCCUUUGCUUUUGCAUUUUAGAACAAUUAUCUGUUUCACUAGUUUGCAUACGUUUUCAAUGGGAUUUCCCUUACAUUGACUCUCACAUAAGCAACUCUGCAGAGUUAUGGUCAUAUCAGGACACCUAUUUUACAAUAGGAUUUUGAGCUCGAGAUUUCUUUGAGGUGAUAGUCGAUGUAGAAAUCAAGAGCGAAUAGUCUUAUCAUUUAAGUAGAAUUCUAACUGAAUUUUUCCGUGAAAUAACGAUUUCCAAAUAUUGCUCUAAGUGGUAUUAAGCUCUACGCUUUAGAAAAAGCGCGCACACUGAAAUGUCGUUUGAAAUUUUGCAAUUGUGUUCACGCGCAACAGUUUUGUUUCAACAAUUUCGAGUUUUUUAAGUCAAGAAACCGUGAGUGUUCUCAGGAAUUCAAUUAUCAUUUGUUCCUAAAAGUUCUCCCGGAACGUCGGAAAAACGAGAAAACGCCGCCAUUUCGUAAAUGACCCACGUCCACUGCACACUGCCCAGCCAAUCACACUACAGGAUUUGGAUAAGUAUACGAGUAAAAUGCCACUUAAAAGAAGUAUGACACAACAGCAGCAAUACAACGUACGUUUAAUUGAGAUUUCUAAUAAAAAUUAAAGCAAUCAAAUAAUCCUGGAUCGCAGGGUAAUGGAACAAACAGUUUGGAUAAAUUUUCCAUCGGGAAUGUUGACAGGAAAAGGUAUUAUAAUUUUACCAAGUUAAACAAUCAUAAGAUAGUGAUGAGCUAGUAUGGACGGCAGCUACAUAAGCGGUGAGAAGAAA